GGGGUGAUAACAUCUCUCAUUGACAAAUAAGCUGUGAUUAGAUUAAUAGUGACAUGUUUUUGUAUUGCAGAUGGAUACAUUGUGCAGUAUUACUGGCGGUAGUAAGUGUAGCACUCAGUAAGGAUGAUAACUUGCUCAUUACUACUGUGAAAAGCAUCGGCCAGUGGUUCAAAUGUGUGCGAUUCAAGUUAAGUGGCCAUCACACCCGAACUCCCGCCUUGUGCUUACCUGAGAGUUCCUUGUGCCAGAACGAGCAGCUGGAGUGUUGCAGGCCGUACCGCUGCUCAUGGGAGGCGAACAUCCAAGAUUAUAUUUGUAAAGUACGAGACAUCUUUGACAUACUCCAUACCAUCAGUUAUUAUUUGUGGUGAAAUAUAGACACAAAAAUAAUGCCUUUAGAAUUACAUAAUCAAUACAGCAAAUACAAAUAUACAUCAAACAGCAUCCUCAAAAUUGUAACCUCUAACUUGUUAUUUUAUUAACUCAUAUUCUCAGGUUGUGAAACGGACAACUCUUUGCAUAUUUUAAUUAUUUUAAACUAUACUGUCAAUUUCAUGUAUAAUGGUUCGUAAACUAAGUAUUCAAAUACAUAGUUAGUAUCAGUAUAGAAAAGUGAAAAAACAGAUUCUUAUUUGUUCUAAACUUUUUCCUAGAUCUAUAUUAUUUUGUUGCUAAGAAAUAUAACAUUACUCAUAACAUAAUUACACUCGUAUAUUACUCACUUCUUAUAUUUUUCUGUGAGAAAUAACCACUGUAAUGUUUCUUGCUAUGUUCAUAAAAAAACUUGAACUAAACAGAAUUUCGAAUAAUUUUUACUAUAUUAAUAUGUUCUUGCUAUAUUUUUUAUCAUUACAAAAAUGUAUAUACCCUUGACGUUUCGUAGAAACAUAAUGUUUAACUCUGGUAAACCGUAUGUAGAAUUAUGAUAUUAAUUACAAUAGUGAAAUUAAAUAAUGAAUCGUUUUUAUACGUA